UCCAACUCGAAAAUCCUCUUCCAACCCUCAAACCGGGUCACGGCACCCAGCCAGCUUCGACAAAGACAAGGAGCCACCCUUUCCCUUUCCUGGAAAACUAGACCUCCCGACGAGCCCCCGGGGACCGAUGUCCGAUCGCGUCGCCGACCACGUCGGAAACCUCGUCAGGCGGCUGUCUCGCCUCCUCAACCGCAAGAUCGCCGACGUCCUCAUGCUCCUCUUCAACCACAAGACGGCGGGGUCGCUCGGAGCCGUCGCCGGGUUCGCCAUCGCUGUGGUCUUCGCAUGGAAGUUCCUGCGGUCGCCGCCGGGAAGACCGAGAAGGAAUGCUCAGAAGCGGAGGAUUACUCCGUCGGCGAGUCAGCCGGCGGGUGGAGUUGGUUCCAGCUCGGAAGGGGUCGCGCCAGUGCUGGAAAUGAAGGAGCCUGAUGAGUUCGAGGCGAUUGGUGCUCCAGUUCAGCUCAGUCUCGGAGAGAUUGUGAAGAAGAAAUUGAGUGGCUGCCGAAUGAUGACCUGCCAGCUACUUGGUGUGAUCCUGGAGGAAAAAAGUCCAGAAGAGCUUCAGAAACAUGCUACUGUUAGGCCCUCUGUGGUGGAAAUUCUUCUGGAAAUCAUGAAAUAUUGUGAUCUUUAUUUGAUGGAAACAGUUCUUGAUGAUGAAAGUGAGGAAAGGGUUCUUUCAGCCUUGGAGAGUGCUGGGCUUUUCCAAUCUGGUGGCUUGAUCAAGGACAAGGUCCUCUUUUGUAGCACUGAGAGUGGGCGAACCUCUUUUGUUCGACAGUUGGAGGCAGAUUGGCAUAUUGAUACCAAUCUUGAUAUAAUCUCUCAACUAUCUCGCUUCAUCAGACACCAACUAUUUAUCUCAUCAAUGGAACCUGGACAAAUAGCAGCAAAUGUGUUCACUUCUACAAGUUUGGAGCAGUACUUCUCUUAGCUGGGAUGAAAAGCAAAGGGCUAUACGGUAUCUUUUUUUUUUUUUUUUUUUUUUGUCCUUGGUAGUGGCGAACAGUCACCACAUUUACCUGUUGUUUUGGCAUCAGUGUUUCAAUUUAUUUGGGCUCGCAGAGAUGUAGAGUGAUCAAUGAUUCCGUUUAACGCAUGUAGCUGCAACGCUGCCUAUGAUGUAAUUUUUUUUUCUUAUUAUGUACAUGCUGAACUUUGGAAAAACAGUGAUGAUGUCGUCUAAACUGAUGCUGUAUUCUGAUCUUCUCAAGAGCCUUCACGGAAUCUUUGUA